UCGUGUCACGAUGAAAGCGCCAACACAGGCGACGCAGACCCCAAAUCAAGGAGAUUUAUGAUCACCGUUGGUGGAAAGCAGAUGCCGUACGGCGAGGUGACAUCUACUAUCCUGAAUACAAUGAUGCAAUCCGAGAGAGAAGAAUACAUACGGAUAGGAAGACAGGUAUAUACCGAGCUUGUAUUUGAUUAG